UGUAAGCUCUCAGAGAGAAGCUGUGCAGCUCUAUCCUCAGUUCUCAGCUCCCAGUCCUCUAGUCUGAGAGAUCUGGACCUGAGUAACAACAACCUGCAGGAUUCAGGAGUGAAGCAGCUUUCUGUUGGACUGGAGAGUCCACACUGUACACUGGAAACUCUCAGGCUGUCAGGAUGUCUGAUCACAGAGGAAGGCUGUGCUUCUCUGGCCUCAGCUCUGAGCUCCAACCCCUCCCAUCUGAGAGAGCUGGACCUGAGCUGCAAUCAUCCAGGAGACUCAGGAGUGAAGAUCCUGUCUGCUGUACUGGAGGAUCCACACUGGAGACUGGACACUCUCAGCCUGCAGCCUGCUGGAGUCCGAUGGUUGAAACCAGGUCUGAAGAAGUAUUCCUGUGAACUCACACUGGAUCCAAACACAGUGUACAAAAACCUCAAACUGUCUCACAACAACAGGAAGGUGACACAUGUGGAGGAGGUUCAGUCCUACCCUGAUCACCCAGACAGAUUCGACUGCAGGCCUCAGCUGCUGUGUAAAGAUAGUCUCACUGGUCACUGUUACUGGGAGGUGGAGUGGAGAGGAAAGGUUCAUGUUUCAGUGAGUUACAGAGGAAUCAGCAGGAAAGGAGACAGAGAUGACUGCAGGUUUGGAGGGAAUGAUCAGUCCUGGAGUCUGUUCUGCUCUGAUGAUGGUUACUCUGUCUGGCACAAUAACAGAAUAACAUCCAUCCCCUCCUCCUCUGUCUCUAACAGAGUAGCAGUGUAUGUGGACUGUCCUGCUGGCUCUCUGACCCUCUACAAAGUCUCCUCUGACACACUGAUCCACCUCCACACCUUCAACACCACAUUCACUGAACCUCUGUAUGCUGGGUUUGGGUUCUGGUCUGACUGGUUUGGCUCCUCAGUGUCUCUGUGUUCUCUGCAGGAGGGAGAGUCUGCCCCUGAGAGUCUGUCUCAUGUUAUUUAG